AACAAACUCAUCCUGAUCUUGGAUGGUCUGAGGCAGCAGCUACAGGUUAAAGUGCAGCUCGUGUCAGAGGAUCAUCUCAGCCAAAUCUGCAGUCAUGACAGAGUCGCCUGAUUACCUGCUGGACGGCAGUCCGCUCAUCAGCGCCGCUCAGCUGGGCAAACUGCGCCUGGUUCGUCUGCUGGUGGAAGGAGGAGCGCAGGUCAACGAGAGGAACCAGCGAGGAGAGACGCCUCUGCUGGCCGCCUGCCGAGCUCUGCGGGGCGAUCAGUCCGGAUCCAGCAUGCUCAGACUCAUCCAGUAUCUCCUCCGCAACCAGGCCGACCCGAGCAUCCAGGACAAGACGGGCCACACGGCUCUGAUGUACACCUGCAUGGAGCGGGCCGGACCGGACGUGGCGGUCGCUCUGAUCUCGGCGAGCUCCGAUCGCUGUAUGGAGGACUACGCCGGAGCCUCGGCCCUCGUUUAUGCCAUUAACGCCCGCGAUCAGGACACGCUGACGGUGCUGCUGGACGCCUGCAGAGCCCGAGGACGGGAUAUAGCCACCGAGCUGAGCUGCGACGGACGCGGCGUGACGCCCCUCCGUCGCCCGACAGCUCGCCCGUCUCCUGCAUGUCGCCCUCAGACAUCGAGCUCAAGACCAGCUCUCCCAGUGUAACGGAGGCCAGCGAGUAGGUGCUGUGCAGGUAAAC